AUGCCAGAGGACAGUGACACGCUAGAUUGCUGGGACGCCUACACGGACUCCGAGGAGGAGGAGCAAAAGCAAAACAAAGCAGAGGUUGCCCAGCUUUCACAAAAGCUCCAGGCGCAGAAAUUGAGCGAGUCUGCCGAUAGGGAAUUCGUAGAUGACCUUUUUGGCGUGCCCACAAGGGGCACAGGCAAUGGCAUCGACGCAUCAAACGACGUGUUCGCACAGAAUCCGAUAACUGCUAUCAUUCCCACCGAUCCUCUCGCACAUGUCUCUCUAAAGUGCCUUAAGGAUUGUGACGAAGUCGCAAAGAAACUAUCGCAAAAGAUAGAACAGAGCCCGGCAAAAAGUGCCAUCUGGCUACAGUUCCUAGACACACUAUUCCAGGCAUGUGAGAAAAAAAUCGAAAUGAAGGAUCUACAAACUUUAAAGCGCAAGAUAGAUGCCACAAUUAAAGCAAGAGAGGCAAAACAAAGUCAGGUUUCAUUCGCAAAGAAAAAACCAAAUGACAUACCAAGUGCCAAAAACUAUCAGGACGAGCUAGAUAUGCUCUAUGGAGAUCUAAGUGAUGAUGAUGAUGAUGAACCUUUGUACUACCAAUAA